GGACAUCGGGUUCAUAUGAAACAGGUUAUUCGCCGUUGACUUUGUCACCAGGCAAUUUCCUCCCUUCCCCCCUUCCUCCCCAUCCUCCUUCCUUCCUCCCCCUCCUCCUUCCUCCCCUGUCCGGUGAGACAACACCUGAGUCGGAGGGGCGAUGUCCAACCUGCCGGCCGGAUGUUCCCGGUUCCGCUCUCCAUAAACACCUCUGGGAACCGGGCCAACCAAAACCAGUCCCUGGAAUGUAGCUGCUGCUUUCCUCUGACGGUUUAGAAGUUUUCACAGAGUUUAAAGACACGUUUCAUGGCACAGAACAAGAAGAAGAAGAAGAAAAUGAUGUCAUUUCUGCGGACAGUCAGGGACCCCCCUCCCGAGAACAUCCACAUCUCCUCCCUACCUCCCAGUGUUCCCACUGAGCAGGAGCCAGGACCGACUGGAGGACAGGCCGGUGACGUGGAGCGAGAGAAGGCACUGAUCCAGACCACACACACACACAGAGUGUCCUCUGUCUUCGUCCAGAAACAGAAUCAUGAACCGGUUUCUAGUACUUACUUUGAACAGAGGGUCCCUGUUCCUGGGGAGGACAGCCAGGGGGGGUUCAGUCUCCGUAAGCUGUGGGCCUUCACCGGGCCCGGCUUUCUGAUGAGCAUCGCCUACCUGGACCCAGGUAACAUCGAGUCUGACCUGCAGUCUGGUGCUAAAGCUGGCUUCAAGCUCCUCUGGGUGCUGCUGGCCGCCACCAUCAUCGGCCUGCUGCUGCAGCGGCUGGCGGCGCGGCUCGGCGUCGUCACGGGGAUGCACCUGGCCGAAGUCUGCAACCGCCAGUACCACACGGUGCCCCGGAUCAUCCUGUGGUUGAUGGUGGAGCUGGCCAUCAUCGGCUCCGACAUGCAGGAGGUCAUCGGCUGUGCCAUCGCCUUCAGCCUGCUCUCCUCCGGCAGGAUCCCUUUGUGGGGUGGCGUCCUCAUCACCAUCAUCGACACGUUUGUCUUCCUCUUCUUGGACAAAUACGGCCUCAGGAAGCUGGAAGCCUUCUUUGGUUUGCUCAUCACCAUCAUGGCCAUCACCUUUGGCUAUGAGUAUGUGACGGUGAGUCCAGACCAGGGCCAGCUGCUGAAGGGGAUGUUCGUGCCCUACUGCGAGGGCUGCGGCCCGGCUCAGCUGGCUCAGGCUGUCGGCAUCGUGGGAGCCGUCAUCAUGCCGCACAACAUUUACCUCCACUCUGCGCUCGUCAAGUCUCGAGAAGUGGAUCGCUCGAAUAAGGAAGAAGUGAAAGAGGCCAACAAAUAUUUCUUCAUUGAGUCGACGGUGGCGCUGUUCGUCUCCUUCCUCAUCAACGUGUUUGUGGUGGCUGUUUUCGCCGAGGCUUUCUACGGACGCACCAACCAAGAGGUGUACAGCGUCUGCAAUCAAACAGGAAGUCCUUAUUUAGACAUAUUCCCGCUGAACAAUCAAACUCUGGAGGUGAACCUCUAUAAAGGGGGAGUGGUGCUCGGCUGUUUCUUCGGCCCGGCAGCGCUUUACAUCUGGGCCGUGGGGAUCCUCGCAGCGGGUCAGAGCUCCACCAUGACUGGAACGUACUCCGGCCAGUUUGUCAUGGAGGGUUUCUUGAACCUGCGCUGGUCGCGUUUUGCUCGGGUGUUGUUGACCCGCUCCAUGGCCAUCACCCCCACCCUGCUGGUGGCCGUCUUCCAGGACGUGCAGCACCUGACGGGCAUGAACGACUUCCUCAACGUGCUGCAGAGCAUGCAGUUGCCAUUUGCCCUGAUUCCCAUCCUCACUUUCACCAGUUUGCCAUCUCUCAUGAAUGAGUUUGCCAACGGAUUAGUGUUCAAGAUCGGAGGGGGCCUGGUGAUCUUGAUCGUGUGUGCCAUAAACAUGUACUUUGUCGUGGUCUAUGUGACGGAGCUCAACAGUGUGUGGCUGUAUGUGCUGGCAGCGUUCCUCUACGUAGCAUACCUGUCAUUUGUGGGAUAUUUGGUGUGGGUGUGCCUGAUAGCUCUGGGGGUUUCCUGGCUGGAUCCGACCUCCAGCAGAGGGAACGACACCUCCAUCCUGAUGGAGCAGCAGCCAGAGUCGGACUCCUGAACCAAACAAGGACAUGUGUUCCUAAGGUGGAGCUGUGAGAAAACCCACUGACCUUUUCUCUUCCAGCACAUUUAGUCUUCUUAAAGUGCCCAUAUUUUGCUCAUUUUCAGGUUUCUAACUAUAUUUUGAGGUUGUACCAGAAUAGGUUUCCAUGGUUUCAUUUUCCAAAAACACCGUCAUUUUGUUCUGCACAUUGCUGCAGAUCCUCUUUUCACCCUGUGUGUCCAGGUCUCUGUUUCAGCUCCAGAGUGAGACAUCUCACUUGUUUUAGCUUCAGGCAGUGGUGAACCAGGAGGUGAACUGGCACCUCUCCAGCUACUAAGGUUGGGGAACAGGUGAAACACAUUAGACAAGGGCAGGAAAACAAACAGACAGGAAGUAAGACAAGACAAGACUACCAAAAUAAAACAGGAAACAGAAACACACCAUAACAGAAUAAUGGGGAAGAAAACAGUUUCAGUACCUUCAAGCAGUAUGUACAAAUAAAAUGUUAUAAUUAAUCAAAUUGAGGCGACCUGGUUGAACGAGCGGCCCAUGUACAGAGAGUCUUUACCGCAGCGCCCGCGGGUUUGAUUCCGACCUGCAGCCAUUUGUUGAAUGUCACCCCCCCCUCCCCUCGCAUGUCUUCAGCUGUCUUCCCCUAUCAACUAAAGGCCUAAAACGCACACAUACACAAAAAUGAAGGCGACCUGGACUUGAAAACUAAUCAAAAAACAACAGCUUCCUAGUUCCACUUUUAGUUUGGAAGUGCGUAACGACUCCCAACAGCCUGCAAGAGAAGCAGGCAGGCAAAUCAAAUAUUUGAGACUUUUGUAAAGUAAAAUUGAGACUUUUUAAUGCCUUGUGAGAACCUUUUUUAAAUUUUUUGGAAAUUGAAUUCAAAGCUUUUUAAGACUUGAUGCAGUCUGUCUUUUGGCCACAAGGAGGCAGUGCAGGCCCC